UUGUUGCCCACUGGCCACUACCACCUCCGAGAAUGAACGGGCGGGGGCGGCUGCUGCUCUGCCUCUUCCUCUCGGCCGCGCUGACCCCGCCGUGGCAGCUCGCCGUCGCCGGAGCGGCCUCCGGUUCCAGUUCCAAGGUGGUGACCAGCCUCCCGGGGUUCCAGGGCCGCCUCCCCUUCCACCUCGAGACCGGGUACGUGGAGGUGGACGAGGAGAACGGCACCGAGCUGUUCUACUACUUCGUGGAGUCCGAGGCCGGCGCGGAGAAGGCCCCUUUCCUCCUCUGGCUCACCGGCGGCGACCGCUGCACCGUACUCAGUGGCCUCGCCUUGGAGAUCGGUCCAUUCCAGUUCGUCGCAGAGCCCUAUAACGGCACCAUACCGCGCCUGCAAAUCAACCCCUACUCAUGGACCAAGGUGGCAAAUAUCCUUUUCGUGGAUUCACCGGUUGGGGCAGGAUUUUCCUUUUCAAGACGACCCCAAGGCUAUGAUGUCGGGGAAGUGUCCACCUCGUUGCAGCUCCAUGAACUCCUCAUCAAGUUUUUCACUGACCAUCCCAAGUUCCUCGCAAAUCCUCUCUACAUCGGGGGAGACUCUCGUGCUGGGCAACUUGUACCAUUUAUCGCUCAAAAGAUCUCAGAAGGUAUCGAAGCUGGAAGGAGCCCCAUCCUUAAUCUCAAGGGCUAUCUGGUAGGCAACCCGGGUACCGGCGAAAACAUUGAUAUCAGCUCUAGAGUGCCGUAUGCUCAUGGACUUGGUAUAAUAUCAGAUCAGUUACACGAGACAAUAUUGGGGCAUUGCCAAGGAGAGGACUACAUGAAUCCUAGAAAUACACUGUGCGCUCAAUCUCUAGGCACUUUCAACAAUCUCCUCUCCGAAGUUAUGGCCGCCCAAAUUUUGUUGGACAACUGCGUUUAUGCAUCUCCUAGGCCAGGCACCGAGACGGACAAGUCAGCUGGUGCUGGCCGGAAGAUCCUAAGCGAGGAAGCAGUAAUCGUAACAGGGAAACGAGUAAAACACCGGCCACCUCGUGUGCCAUUGGGCUGCAUUAGCUACACGGCUUACCUGUCGUAUUUCUGGGCGAACGACGCGCUCACCCGAGACGCCCUGGGGAUCAAGGACGGCACCGUGGACGAGUGGAUGAGGUGCCACGACGGCGACCUGCCGUACGCCGUGGACAUCGGGAGCAGCAUCAAGUACCACCGGAAUGUCACCGUCAACGGUUACCGUGCGCUGGUGUACAGCGGCGACCACGACGCGAUUGUGCCGCACCUGGGGACGCAGGCGUGGGUGAGGUCGCUCGGCUUCCCCGUCGUCGACGACUGGAGGGCAUGGCAUCUCGACGGCCAGUCUGCCGGAUUCACCGUAGCUUACUCCAACAACAUGACAUUCGCGACCGUAAAGGGAGCCGGGCACACGGCGCCCCAGUACGAGCCCGAGAGGUGCUACGCCAUGUUCAACCGUUGGAUACUGGACCAGCCGCUCUAGUCCACCUGUAUGUAACAUCAUCUAGUAGGUCUAGGAUGUAUAUGUUCGUGUACACAGACUACCUUAUUUGGUGAAGUUUGUUUGGAUAUAUGUGGAUCAGGUUUCCUGUAUGGGCUUUAUUAAUUUAUAAAGCUGGGCGGUUGCCUUUUUUCUACAAAAAA